GAUGAAUGAUAUACACUACUACUACCGGGUUGUUUAAAAUAUAGAACAAUACCUACGCCGUUUGUUCUUCUGUUUUAUUGGCCACCGUUUUGAUUGAAGACUAUAAUAGUAUUAUAACAUCAUUAUAGGCCUUUCCACUCAACGUUGGACUUUUGUGCACGGAUUACUAUUGUAUAAUACUAUUGGACUCAGUCUUCCUCAUUAUGUCUUUGGUGCAGUCACUUGCAGAGGAACACCUGUCAACCAAGUGAACUCAGUUUGUGGUCGUUGUCCUCACGAGGCAGUUAACAAGUAACAUUCAUUCUAUAGUAACUGUUAGCGUCUGUUUUGUUUAAUAUACCUUUUGUAUUGCUAACGGUAUUUCAUUACCUUUGUUUUUACUAACGGACAGACCUCUAGGUUUCUUAAUCCAUAAUCCGUUUUGGUAUAUCAGUGUUAACCUAGUGUAUCAAUAUAUUUUGUGUAAGCUCCUUUUGUUUGGGGACCACCACAAAUUUGGUGAGCCCGACGUGAUUUUUUUUUUCUCUCUCUCAACUACUUUUGAGUUCACUUACAGAUAUUACGGCGUUAUUUUACCCUUGGUAGUAUUUAAAUUUUCUUAUAUUCGUAAUGUACUCAUCCGAAACUGAAGGCAUCAGCCAGGAUAACAUUUCAGCAGAGCUACAUGCUCUAAAUUUGAUAAAUGUGCCCCCAUUCAGCCGAUUAAAUCCUCGCAUUUGGUUUGCGCAAGUAGAAGUACAAUUUCAGCGUCGCAACAUACGCUCACAGGCAUCUAAAUACUCUUUUGUGCUUGGAUUACUACCCACUGAAGUUGCAUCUGAGGUGUCAGAUUUGAUAGAUAAUAUUCCUGCACCGAAUCCAUAUGAUCAAUUGAAGCAGGCAAUUAUUCAACGUACCUCAUUAUCUGAUGAAAAGAGAUUACAGCAAUUACUGCACCAUUGUGAGCUAGGCGACAAAUCACCGUCUCAAUUAUUACGACACAUGAGACAAUUAGCUGGCCCAUAUAAAUUUGAUGACGCCUUCCUCAAGGAGAUUUGGCUACAACGUUUGCCAACAGUAGUUAGGCAAAUUCUUUGUGCCUCUAGCCAAGCAUCAGAUUUAGAGAGUCUUGCUAACAUGGCCGAUAAAAUUUUAGAAGUUACACCCGGUACAACACCUUACGUACAGGCAAUAUUAGAAACUUCGAACGAUAAGCAAACUCCCACCAUAGCAUCGUUAACUGCUGAACUAGGCGAACUACGAGCACAACAUGAACGAACUGUCGCUAGUCUUGAAAAUAAACUGGAUGCACUACAAUUAUUAAUCUCCAGUUUCACAUCUACAAGACCUCGUUCUUGUUCUCGAGGGAGUAAGAAUCGAAAUAACUCAAAAGGAAACAAAAACGACGACAACAUAUGUUGGUACCAUAAAAAAUAUGGUGACAAAGCUAGGAAAUGUGUUACGUCUUGUAAAUUUUUCAAGUCAUUUUCCUCACCAAAACGUGUCAACCAAACCAUGGUAGCGACAAAUGUUUCUGGUCGUGCGCCUACUCGUCUUUUCCACGUUCUUGAUAAAACUUCAGGGUACAAAUUCUUAGUAGAUACUGGAGCUGAAGUUAGUGUCAUCCCAGUUACCUUAGCCAAUAAACCUAUUGCUAAGAGUGGAAAAUAUACCCUAAGGGCAGCUAAUAAAACCGAAAUAAAGACAUUUGGCGAACAAUUUCUAACAUUAGACUUGGGAAUUAGACGUAAUUUAACCUGGGUGUUUAUUAUUGCGGAUGUCCGUCACCCUAUACUAGGUGCAGAUUUUCUAAGUUUCUACAACCUACUAGUUGACGUUAAGAGAAGAAAACUUAUUGAUUCCUACACGAACCUUCAAAUUCAGGGAAUUCAGUCGGACUACCACAUACAUAGUAUUAAAAUUGACACCCCAGGGAACGACAUAUUCGCCACCAUUCUAUCUAAAUUUCCCAAAAUAACGAAACCAGACUACAGUGAAAACACUGUCCAACAUUCUGUAGUACACUGGAUCAUCACAAAAGGUCAACCAACUUCGGCACGUCCACGACGAUUACCACCAGACAAACUGAAUGUUGCAAAAGCUGAGUUUGAUCAUAUGAUGCAGCUAGGUAUAAUACGUCCGUCAAGUAGCCCCUGGGCAUCCCCACUCCACAUGGUGCCCAAGCGAGACCAAGAUUGGCGACCCUGUGGUGAUUAUAGAUCAUUGAACAACCUGACAUUACCGGAUCGCUACCCAAUCCCUCAUUUACAUGAUUUUUCUCUCACUUUGCAUGGCAAGCAAAUUUUUUCUAAAAUUGAUCUUGUGCGAGCGUACCACCAGAUUCCAGUAGCAUCCGAGGACAUAGCAAAAACAGCCAUCAUUACUCCAUUUGGUUUGUUUGAAUUCCUAAGAAUGCCUUUUGGAUUAAAGAACGCCGCACAAACAUUUCAACGAUUUAUGGAUGAGGUCACUAAAGGACUAGAUUUUGUUUUCGUGUAUAUUGAUGAUGUCUUAAUAGCUAGCAGUUCGAUUCAUGAACACGCUGAUCACCUACAUCAAUUAUUCGAAAGAUUUCAGAAAUAUGGCAUAGUGAUUAACCCAUCCAAAUGUAUUUUCGGAGUUGAGAGUUUAGAGUUUUUAGGUCACUUGAUCGACAAACGUGGAAUUAAACCUUUGGAUACAAAAAUAGAAGCCAUCAAGAAUUUUCCAGAACCAGACUCAUGGAAUAAACUUCGACGUUUCUUAGGGAUGAUAAAUUUUUAUCGUCGCUUUAUUCCACAUUGCUCAGCCAUCCUACAACCUUUGACGGAGGUGUUAAAAGGUAAAGUCAAAAAGUUCACAUUACCCUCCCAAGCGAAAGAUGCCUUUUCUGCAGCUAAAACAGCAAUCGCUUCUACUACCAUGCUGACCUACUUAAGCCCUGAUCCGGAAGCAACACUAAUUCUGUGUACAGAUGCAUCACAGGCAGCAGUAGGUGCAGUACUACAACAGCGAGUUAAUAAUGAGGUCAAACCACUUGCCUUCUUUUCAAAGAAGCUAGAACCAACCCAAACUCGAUAUAGCACUUUCGGUAGAGAACUAUUGGCUAUUUAUCUAGCUGUUAAACAUUUUAACCAUUUACUGCAAGGCAGAGACUUUGUGAUACUCACUGAUCACAAACCUUUAACCUAUGCCUUUAACGCGAAAAGUGACCGUUAUUCCCCUAGAGAAAUGCGACAAUUGGAUUAUAUUUCCCAAUUUUCGACCAACAUACAGUUUAUAAAAGGCGAGUCAAAUGUUGUUGCGGAUACUUUGUCACGUUUCAACGUCGAUGCAAUUUCCUUCACCAAAGGAAUCGAUUUAUUAGACAUGGCACGUUUGCAGACAGAUGAUCCAGACCUUGAUGCUUGUAAACAAAGUUCGAGCUUGUCCUUAAAAGUGUUCCUAUACCGCAUUCUGACUCUACUAUCAUUUGUGAUACUUCUACUGGAACGCACAGACCUUUUGUGCCAAUAGUGUACAGAAAAAGAGUUUUUGAUUGUCUUCACUCACUAUCCCAUCCAGGGAUUCGUGCUACUGUAAAACUGAUUGCCGAAAGAUUUGUCUGGCCAAAGAUGAAUGCAAAUAUAAAACAAUGGACCAGGACUUGUGUACAAUGUCAACGCAGUAAAAUACAUAGGCAUACGAUUACAACACCGUCAGCAUUUAGUCUACCCGACCAUCUUUUUCAACAUGUUCAUGUUGAUUUAGUUGGUCCUCUGCCUCCAUCUAAUGGAUUCACUUACAUUUUUACUGCAGUGGACCGUUUCACUAGAUGGCCAAUUGCAUGCCCAAUAAAAGAUAUCUCCGCGGAAAAUGUUGCUGCUGUAUUCCUCGACAGAUGGAUCGCUAAUUUUGGUGUACCUUCUACAGUUACUUCUGACAGAGGUUCACAGUUCCAAUCUCACCUCUUCAAUGAAUUCACCCGCAUUUUAGGAAUCCAUCACAUCACUACAACAGCAUACCAUCCAGCAGCGAAUGGACUAGUGGAACGAUUCCACAGACAACUAAAAAGCUCAUUGAUGGUACAACCUGAUGUUUCUAGAUGGAGUGAAUCUCUACCUCUUAUUUUACUAAGCAUACGUUCCACAAUUAAAGAAGACCUACAAUGUACUCCGGCACAGCUCGUCUAUGGAGCUAAUUUAACCUUACCGGGGCAGCUAGUGACGCAUAAUGGCAAACCCGUAUGUACGGAUCCCACUUCUUUUGCGAAAGACUAAUGAGCCAUAUGAAUAACAUUAAGCCUGUUGCACCUCGGCCAGUUGUCUUAAAAGAGCAAGUUAGCAAACAUCUAAAUACGUGUAAAUUUGUAUUUGUUCGUGUUGACUCCGUAAGACGCCCUCUACAACAUCCUUAUGAAGGACCAUUUGAAGUAGUUGAGAGGCAAACAAAAUAUUUCACAAUCAAUAAGAACGGAAAAAAGAAACAGUUUCAAUCGACCGGAUAAAACCUGCUUUUAUAGAAUCUGAAACACAUGACAACCGAAAGCCGUCUAAAGACAGCAGAGAUCACACAACGCAGCUCCCAGUGUUUCCAAAUAAUUCUUCACCAACUCCGACGAAAUCAAUAUUUCGUAAAACAGAUGGUUCUAAGGUUACAGUUCCCACAAACUUAAAUCCUAGUUCCGACACUUUACCUUCUACGAAAACAACUCGUUCAGGAAGACAUGUACAUUUUCCUAAACGUUAUGUUGAAUUAAUUACUUAAUCUUUAUUCUGUAAUUACCUGUAAUGUGAUUAAAUAUCUAUAUUAGCAGAGUUAUUAAUAACAUUUUUUUUGCAAGCAUUUUUUUCUAAAAAAAUUCUUGUGUACUACUAAUAUUGAUAAAUUCAUUGUGUUUCUCUCUACAUGUGUAUGCGUUUUAUAUGAUGUUUAUUAUUAAUUGUGCAAAUAUAUACAAUUUCGUUGGACUCGUUCAGUUUAACACUAAUUGUUUACACAAUUUAUACAUUUAUUUGCACUUCGGUGAACUCUCAAUUUAAUUACUGUUAUUACUAAUGAUAUUAUUAUUAUUAUUAUUAUUAUACACUUCGUUAUUCUUGUUAAACUUUUUAUAUACAUUAAAGUCUCUUUACUACAAGAGAAACAUUUUGUUCUUGAAUAUAUAUACACGCAUGAUUUUUUUUAAAAAAAAUAAUAUGUGUUCACCCUUUUCGUUGUGUAAUUUUCUCCUACCUUCAAAGCAUUUAAAGUUUUACGUCGGGCAUACUUCCACCGACGCAUGCCCUAGGGGGGGAGUUAUAUGGUGACAUAUAUUCAGUGAUUUUUGUAACAACAAAAAUAGAAACCACAUUUUUUCUCUAAUUUGUCACACUUUAUUUGUAACCACAUUUUUAUCCAAUAUCUGUUGUUUUGCUGUAUCACUUGUUAAAAAGACGAUAAUAAUUGUUUCGAUGAAUGAUAUACACUACUACUACCGGGUUGUUUAAAAUAUAGAACAAUACCUA